UGUUAACUACCACUACCUCCCCGUAAUCCGCGAUCGCUCGUCGAAAAAGGCGAUGAACUCCCGAGAUCUUCUUCUUUUGUUGCUUUGCGUUGGACUGGGACUAUUGCACGUACGACUCCCCAUCCGACGACAUGCUAAUCCACCAGAGAAUCCACUCGAAUCAGCGGGUGGCCAAGGGUUCCACGUCCGGAUCGUGAAGAUUACGAACAAGUCAGACUAUCCCAUGACGGUGAGGCAGGAGCCUUCCGGGGAAGAGAUUCACAUUCUCCCCAGUCUGUACGACGACCCGGAUAUGGACACCAUCGGGAAGAUCUCUUGGUUGUCAGUCAAAAUGACAAACUUCAGCAUCGGAGGAAACCAUUACGUGGUCGUCCGUUUCAGAGACAAUCCGGAGAGACACUAUUACGCUGGCCCAGGCGAAAUCGUACUAAAUCGUCUCGCGGAUCCACGAGAGACGAUCAUGUAUAGCGGGCUGGUCGAACAAGUCGAAUGGAUUUGGCACUACGGUCCAGAUCGUAUGUUACCCAUUUCGGAUACCGCCAAGCACCAAGACGAGCGCUUAUAUCAGGACCAAGAGGCUAGCCGUGCGUCUAGAAGCAAAGCAAAGAGCGACGACCAGCUCUUGCGAGAGGGUUGGAUCAAAUCGGAAGGGCGCUUUUACAAAUCUGUACGACGACAAGUAGUUUCUGGAAGUUGGGCCCCGAGUUUUAUCUAUUACGACGAGACGGUAGCCCAGCGCCUGUAGUGCGUCAGCGCCGCCGGUAGAAUAGUCUCUCGUUUUGCAAUGGCUGUCUGUACCCCGCUUGCGUAUCUCAUGUAUAUGGAUGUAAGAAACUGGGCUUGGCGAGGGCUGGAGGUUCGACAUCAAAUUUCGAAAGCAUGCGACCAGAUUAUUAUCCUGCAUGUCACGUAAGAUCCGUUUUUGGAAGUUGAACGGCCCUGCCGUCAUGUGUGAUAAUCACACCCAAAGGAUUAAUAUCAUUGGACGGCCGCGCACCUAUGGUCACUCUCCCACCUUGAUCACUCAGCAACAGGAUGAGGACACCCAAAGGGAAAUGGUUUUGGGUGCGAAUCGGGCAGAUGCAUGAUAUGAAUAUAUAGGAUGACCGUCCUAAGCAACCAAAUUGACUAACACGUAGUCCGUAUCUAUCAAAACUUCCAUCUGCACGAUUCCCAUUUUCUGGGGAGUGGCGAAGUUGACCC